GCCCGCGCUGCCUCCGUGCCGCCCGCGCUGCCCUUCCUCAACAUGGCGGCGCGGGGGCGCCGCUUCCCCAGCCUCCGCCAAUCAGCGCCGAGGCGUGGCGGAAGCAGGGGCAGAGCCGGCCAAUGGGAGUGCGGCGGGGGCGGGGCCGCGGCGACAGCGGCGGCACGGGGUGAAAUUUCUGGAAGGUGCGGCCGGAGCGGGGCCGGGACCGGGAUCACGGUCGGGAUCGGAACUGGAAUCCGGGCCGGGCCGGGGGCCGCGGGCGGUGACGGCCCCCAGCGCCGCCGCCAUGAACCACAAGAGCAAGAAGCGGAUCCGUGAGGCGAAGCGCAGCGCCCGGCCCGAGCUGAAGGACUCGCUGGACUGGACCCGGCACAACUACUGCGAGACGUUCCCCCUGAGCCCCGGCGCCUGCAAGGAUAACGUGGAGAGGGCAGACGCACUCCAGCUGACAGUGGAGGAGUUUGUUGAGCGUUAUGAGAAGCCUUACAAGCCCGUGGUGCUGCUGAACGCCCAGGUGGGCUGGUCUGCCCAGGAGAAGUGGACGCUGGAGCGGCUGAAACGCAAGUACAGGAACCAGAAGUUCAAGUGUGGGGAGGACAAUGAUGGCUACUCUGUGAAGAUGAAGAUGAAAUAUUACAUCGAGUACAUGGAAACCACGCGUGAUGACAGCCCCCUGUACAUCUUUGACAGCAGCUAUGGGGAGCAUCCCAAGCGAAGGAAACUCCUGGAGGACUACAAGGUCCCCAAAUUCUUCACUGAUGAUCUCUUUCAGUAUGCAGGGGAGAAGCGAAGGCCACCCUACAGAUGGUUUGUGAUGGGCCCACCUCGUUCUGGAACAGGAAUUCACAUUGACCCCUUGGGAACCAGUGCAUGGAAUGCCUUAGUGCAGGGACAUAAGCGUUGGUGCCUGUUCCCAACCAGCACCCCCAGAGAGCUGAUCAAAGUGACACGGGAAGAGGGGGGCAACCAGCAGGACGAGGCCAUCACCUGGUUCAAUGUCAUCUACCCUCGGACACAGCUUCCCACCUGGCCCCCCGAGUUCAAACCCCUGGAAGUCUUACAGAAACCAGGAGAGACAGUCUUUGUGCCAGGUGGCUGGUGGCAUGUAGUCCUCAAUCUUGACACGACUAUUGCCAUCACACAAAACUUUGCCAGCUGUACCAACUUCCCAGUGGUGUGGCACAAGACAGUAAGAGGGAGACCUAAACUGUCACGGAAAUGGUACAGGAUCCUAAAGCAGGAGCAUCCUGAACUGGCAGCCUUGGCUGAUUCAGUUGACCUGCAGGAAUCUACUGGUAUUGCUUCUGACAGUUCUAGUGAUUCUUCCAGUUCAUCAAGUUCCAGCUCCUCCGACUCUGAUUCAGAGUGUGACUCUGGCUCUGAGACAGAGGGGAUGAUGCACCGCAGGAAGAAGCGGAGGACGUGCGGCAUGGUGGGCAACGGGGACACCACCUCCCAGGACGACUGCGUGAGCAAAGAGCGCAGCUCCUCCAGCUUGGUUAACCAGUGCUGCUGGAUUGGCUGCCUGCCUGCCUUAGAGUGCUGGCCAGCUCCUGAGCUCUUGGAUGCUCCAGGAUUAGGGAAUCUUGUGGAGGCCGCAGCUACCCCUGAGGGAUAACACCACCUACCCAGAGGCAGCUGCUGAUGGAAGCUCUGUUAGCAGCCAGCCAGCUCUGUUCUACUCCCUUCUGCUUCUAUUUCUCACACUCCUUAAGUUUUUGUUACUCUUCCUCAAUCCAGACAUCUUCGUUCCGUGCUGUCCAAGGUUGGUUCCCUGAAGGGAACUGUAGGAAACUGCAUCCUUUGUGCAAUGCUUUGUCCCCUCUGCACCCCGGGUGAGUGCACCCCAACCCAGCUGUGGGGAAGGACAUGCCAAGUAUUUCAUGGCUCACAGAACUGGCAAGGAAGGCAACGGUCAGUUUUUAAAGAACUCUUUUUAAAACCAGCAGGUAAAUGUAAAGACCUGCCUUGCUUUGACGCUGUCGUAUGUUUACAUGUUGUCCUGUACACUUGAGGAAAGGAGCACCAGCCCUUUUGGCCUAUUGGAAUGACUGGUGGGUCUCACUCCACAAUUUUGGGAAGAACAAGGAGGAAAUGAGCUUCUGCAAGAGCUGAGCUGUGGAAAAAUGAGUCCUUGGAUCUUACCCUGCUGCAGGAGAGCAUUGCUGUCAGGGCUGGCACUCCAAGUGUGUGUCUCAUAAAAUCCUGGAAUACGGGCACCUGGAAAGAACCCAUCAGGAUCACUGAGUUCAACCCUGGCCCUGCACAGAAACCAAAACCCCACCCUGUGCCCAAGAGCAUUGUUCAAACACUUCAUGAGCUCAGACAGGCUGUGCUGUGACCAUUGCCCUGGGGAGCCUGUUCAGUGCCCAGCCACCCUUGGGGUGAAAAACAUUUUUGUGAUAUCCAACCUAAACCUGCCCUCACUCAGCUCCAGGUGUUUCCUUGAGCCCUGUCACUGGUCACAAGAGUGAAGAGAUUGGUACCUGCCCCUCUGCUGUCCUUCGUGAGGAUGCUGAAGACAAAAAUGAGGUCUGACCUCAGUUUCCUCCAGGCUGAACAGACCUGGUGACCUCAUCCUCGUGCAGCUUCCCCUCCAGACCCUUCACCAUCCUCAUGGCCUCCUUUGGACGCUCUCCAAAUGUCUGUUAGGUGUUGUGGUUCCCAAAACUGCCCCCAGCACUAAAGGUGAGGCUGCCCCAGUGCAGAGCAGAGCAGGACACUCCCCUGCCUUUCUUGGCUGGCGGUGCUGGGACUGGUGCCCCCAGGACAUGGUUUGCCCUCUGGGCUCCAGGGCACUGCUGGCUCAGAUCCAGUUUGCCACCAACCCCCAGGUCCCUUUCCACAGCUCUGCUCUCCAGCCUCUCAUUCCCCAGUCUGUCCACACCACCAGGAGUGCCCAGACCCCAGUGCAGAAUCCAGCCCUUGUUAAACUCCACAUGGUUGGUGAUUGCCCAUCUCUCAUUUGUUGAGGCCUCUCUACCCUUGAGGGAGUUGACAGCUCCUCCCAAUUUAGUGUUUUUGGCAAACUGAAUAUUCCUUCCAGUCCCGUGUCCAAGUCAUUAAUGAGGAUGUUGAAGAGCACAGGGAUGAAGACAGAACCCUGCAGAACUCCACCAGUGACCAGUGCCAGCCUGGUGUCACCCCAGUCACUGUCACCCUUUGUGUCCAGCUGUGAGCCAGCUGCUCACCCUUCAUGUGACAUGAUUUUAACCAGCUGUGGGCUGGACAGUCUGUCCAGAAGGUCACUGGGAGAGACAAUAUCCAAAGUUUUGCUGAAGUCCAAAAGGAAACAUCUGCUGCCUUUCCUAGAUCAAUGAGGGGGGUCUCGCUGUCACAGAAGGAGAGCAGGGUCAACAAGCAGGACUUUCCCUUGGUGAAGCUGUGCUGCCUGUGACUGGUGCCUGCAUUGUCCUCCAGGUGUUUUUCAGUACUUUCCAGAAUAAUCUCUUCCAUGAUUUGGCUGGGCACUGGAGUGAGACUGACAGGCCUGUGAUUUCCAGGGUUCUCCUCCUUGAUGUUGAAAACUGGGACAUUGGCCAGCUUCCAGUCAUCUGGAACCCCUCUGGAUUCCCAAAACUGCUCAAAAAUCAUUGAGGGGUUUUGCAAUGACAUCAGCAGCAUCUUGAGGAUCCUCAGAUGAAUGCCAUGAGGCCCUGUGGCCCUGUUGUAGGCAUCCAUGUGGAGCAGCAGAUCCUCCUGCUUUGGGGUCAGCUUGGACAUUCCCACAGUCACAGCUCCAGCUCAAGGCACUGAGAUCCUCUUGGUCCAUCAGCUGUGAUGAAGACAGGCAAAGAAGCAUUAAAAACCUCUGCCAUGUCCAUGUCUCUGUUUGUGAGGAGACCAUCCUCGUCCUGGAAUGGGCCAGUGUUAUUUCUAAUUUGCUUUUUGCCAUUAAUAUAUUUGAAAAACCUAUUUUUUAUUUCCCUCACAGUUCUGGCCAGUUUCAUCUGCAGCUGAGCUUUGGCCACAUGAAUUUUCUCCUUACAGUGGCAGCAGCAUUUCUGUAUCCUUCCCAUGUCACCUGACCUUGCUUCCACUGGGCAAACACCUUCCUUUGCCAUCUUGUUUCCAAGAGAAGAUCCCUGUUCAGCCAAGGAAGGGGAGGUGCUGUGAAUGCCCCAAGCACUGCAGCAGCUUCAGCAGAGGUGACCUCCAACCUGAAGCAUCUUCUGUGGGCUGAGUCUGCGUGCUCCAUGCACACACCUGAGGUGCAGCACCUGAACCAGAGCAGUCCCUCCAGUCUGGCAGGGUGACAGUAACAAAGCUGCCCCUGCACCUUGGGAUGGAAGCUCAGUGGAGCAGGAGAAUCCUGGAAUUUCUUACACAGGGAAAAGCAUUUGCCAGUACUUCCAAUCCUUCAGGUGUGUUGUUUGGCCCAAGGCAGCUGCUGACAAAGUCUGACUCUGGCAGGAUCACAUGUGCUGGGCUUGGAACACCAAACACUUCUGGGGCUGUGGGCUCGCUCAGGCCAGUGCAGUUCACAGCCCCAAAUGGCUUUUCUUUGAGGUUAUGUGUUCAGACCUUUCUGAAAGUUGCAGUGCCAAUUUUAAAGGACUGAGGGAGGGGGACAUGUUGGUGUUUUAUGCUUUUUAAAAAUGCAAUGUGUUGUUUAAGUCUGUGUAGAUGCAUUUGUAUUAUGCCAGGUCAAGCUCUCGUCCCCAAGGGAUCUUUUGGAGCUGCUGGUUUGUUAUAUUAGCAGGGGCUUGUGCUGGUGGUGUCUCUGUGUGGCUGAAGGUGCUGCCAGGAAAUCGGAAUUUCCCAUGGGCUGCUUCAGUGGGUCUCUUCUGAGCCCUAGGAAGUGGGCACAGAACUCACUUCAGCCAUUCUUUGGGAGAGGAAACUUGACAGCAGAACUGCUGUGUAUGUAAUAAACACACAGCAAUGCCCAGGCACCGAUGAAAGAGCAAAUUAAAGAGAGAUUAAAGCCUCAACUGUGAUUUUCUUAAACGUGUUGGGUUUGGUGGAACCUGGAUUGUUGCUUUUCUGUGCUCUCUGAUCCAUUUUUAACCUUGUCUGUUCCUUAUUUAAACACUCCUGGGCCAUAUCCUUUUGUACAAAGGAAUCCUAAAUGUGUUUGUGGGGAUCUCUGUUUUUGAGUCUUUUGUGCCAGUAAGAGCAGGGUGGUGGUGGGGAGAUGGAGAGAGGGAAGGUUUAUUGACACAUUCUUUAGCUGUCCAGACUCCCAAAUUUCCUGUGAUAGGCAGCCAGGCAUAAGCAAGCACACUUACUCUGUAGCCACUGCAGAUUCUUCAGCAAGAUCACUUUUAACAAAUCCUCCAACUUCUCCAACUCCUGGCAUUUCUGGCCAAGGCUGAACAGCCUGGGAGCCUGCACAGUCUGUGUGUGUCCUCUCAGAGAUGUCUGCAGCUUUUGGAAUCAUAUGGGGCCUGGAGGGGUGAAUGCUCACAAGGCUCAGCUCUGUCAGGGUGAGGGGAGUCCUGGGAGAGCUGUCCCUUCCUCUCUGGUGGCUGGGCAGCACCUCAGUGAGAUGCAGCUGCAUUUGGCACAUGGUUCAGUUUGCACAGUCUAAAAUGUGAUGUGAAAGCCUGAUUGCUGUGCUGGGAAAGCCACAGCUCUGCCUCUAGAAGCAGCGUGGGAAGAUGCAGAGUGCAGAGCAUUCCUCCCUGCCUGUGAACUCUUCCAUAAUGUGAAAUAAAGCAGUUCCAGGGGAAGCCUGUGUUGGUGUGACACCCUCACAGCAAAGCAGCGUGUUCACAACAGACAGCAGACAUCAUGACACCAGCAACCCUCUCCUGCCUGCCCCACAGGGCAUUUCCUGCUGUGAAACAGUGUCUGCAGGCUUACCUGGGAAUCAGGACUCUGGGAUCUCCAGUUCUUCCACUUCUGGCUUUUGCCUGAGCCACUUUGGUGAGUUUUUGAGCAGUGAGGAAAACCCCUGCCUUGCAGGGCUGUGAGGCUGAGGUGCAAUUGCUGUGUAAGAUGCUUUGAAGCCAUCCCACAAAACAUGUUCCAUUCAUCCGGAGCAACCUGAGACUUCUGAGCCUGGUGGGAGCUUUUUGUAGCAGAAAACAUUGGGGAUGUUGUUCAACACUGCUGGCCACGUGGUGUUCUGUGAUGGCCCUUCCAGAAUUGCUGUGUGGUACAGAAAUUGUAGCAGAACAAAACUUCUGUUUUCACCAGGGUUGAGCUGUUGUGUUCCGUGGCCUGCUCUAAACAGGAUCUGGUUUUAAAUAGGACUGGAUGCAAUUUUCUCAUCAGGGAGUCAGCUCCUCUGGCCGUAGAGGAAUGGGGGGAGCUGGUGCUUCCCAGGCCCUCACUUCAGCCUGGGUGAGGGUGGAACAGUUAAAAACUGUGCUCCCUUUGUGCCUCACUCCAUGCUUGGAAUCUGCCUGGGGAGAGUGGGCUCUGUGCUCUCAUUUCUCCAGGCUUGUGCUUCUUGGGACAUCCUUGUGUUUUGUUCCAACCCUGCUGCUUUGUUCUCCAGAGCCCUGGAUGCAGCUGGCCCACACCCCGUGGAGCCCUCGUUUCCUUGAGCCCCAGGGCAGCAGCACAGCUCUGCCUCACUUCUCUGGGGCUCCCUGCUCCCCAGGGAUGGCAGAGGGCCUCAGCCUCGGGCUGGCUGUCACUGUCACAGUCCUGCCUGCCCUGGGACAGGUGAUGGGAUUUGGGAGCUCUGCCUGUGCUUUGGAGCCUGGUGACAGCCACAGGCAGGCAGAGCUCAGGAGGAAACGAUCCAGCACUCCAUCAGAGCCACAAACUGGGCAGGAGGCACCAGUGCCAGCAGCUGCUCCCUGCACAAGUGCUGUGGGGAGCAGGUGACACCAGGAGCCUCUGGCAGAGCUCCCUCCCCUUUCAGCCUGGUGUGUGCUGGCUUCAGCUUCUCUUCUCAGUUACAUCAAACCUCUCCAAAUGCUUCAAGGAAAGACAGCAGCCUCUUUCAUAGUUAACCUCCCCUCUCCUCCCUGAGUCCCCAGCCACUGUGGGCUGGAAGUGAGACUGAAUCCAGGCUGGAAUGCCUCUGUGGGCACUUUGUAACUGGGAGGAUUUUGGCAUCCCCCUUGCAGAGGGGGGAAGGAAAGUGUUACCCAUUUGUGUGACAGUCCCACUGUCAGCUCCAAGCCCUGCCACUGCCCUUAGCUGCUUUUAUCACCCAUCCAGCAGAGCUGGGAUACUUGUCUUGUUCGGAUGAUUGUGGUUUUGCUUUUUAUUUUAAAUAAAAUCAAUUAUUUUGCAUUA